AUGAUCAGUCCCAGCAAACCAUGUUCGGUGAAAGAGCCGCAGCCGAAUAUUCAGGCAUUUCAGCUGCACAUCAGCGUCGACGGUCUUGAUGCAGAGGAAGUUUCUGCUUGGGCGAGCAAGGAAAUCGAAGCCUUCCUAGAAGGUUCGUCUACAACAGCAGCGUGUCUAGAGAAGAAAACCAGCUUCGGAUCAAAACUUGCCCAAUGGGCGGAUUCUCAGCGAUCUGUUGGGGAGAAGCGAUAUGGUUCAGUAGAUGGCAUUGUUGAUGGUGAUUGUGGAGCAGAUGCUGGUGAAUCACAAAAGUUGACGGGUAAUGCCGCCUGGAAAGCCCGCUUGCAAGCGGGGGAGGUAGUACAGUUCCGUGGUGGUGGAAAUAGCUUGCAUCCGCGAAUCAAGUCAGGAGAGUGUUGCAAAUAUGAACCGGUGUUUAAGCACGACGAUGUGAAGGAAAAAGACAUAGUGUUUUGCCAGAUCAAGGGUCGGUACUGGGGGCACAUGGUCAAGAAGAAAACUUUCGUCGGCGGGGAGAAGGAAUACGAGUACACCAUUUCCAAUAUACAUGGGUGGGAAAAUGGGACAAUUUGUCUAGAUCACAUUUAUGGAAAGGUUAUAGACCAUUGGAAGUAA